CUCAUCGUUCCUUCACAAUUCUCUACAUUAAAUGCUAAAAUCUCUGCCAAUUUUUCUAACUUGAAAGGUGAUGAAUUCCGUUCGUGGAUGUUGGUGUACUCGUCGUUGCUUUUAAAGGGAAGAAUAAUAGGGGAACAUAUGACUAAUUGGUUACGUUUUGUUGGUGCAAAUCAAAUACUCUCCUCUCCUUCUAUUACUUUGAAUGAAAUCAAUGAUGCCCAUGACCUACUCGUAGAAUUUGUGAAGUCCAAUGUUAAAUUGUAUGGCGCCAAUUUUAUAACUCCCAACAUGCACAUGCAUUUACAUUUGUGUCAAACCAUUCGUGACUUUGGCCCCAUGUAUUCAACCUGGUUGUACAGCUUUGAGAGAGCUAAUGGAGAUAUCAAAGGAAUAGCAACAAACUUUAAAGAAGGGCUUGAAUUCACAUAUAUGAAGAAAUACCUUCAGCAAGUUCACAUGUCUGAUUAUUUCAACCUGUUGCCUAAAGAAAUCAAGCUAAAUCCUAUGAUGAUGAAUGUACUGAUGCUUUUGCUUCCAAAUGGUCAUGAUUUUAAUUUUGAUAAUGAAAACCAAGAUGCAAUGGAUAUUGUGUAUAAUAAUCAUGAGCAGCAACAAUAUCAUCAAGAUUCUCCUAUUGCAACUUUUGAUAUAGCAAGUUUCCUUCUAAAUAUCGCUAGUGAAAGUGCCAAUUUGACUGGUUGUGAACCUUGGCCUCCUACUUGCUUUCCUUUAAAGUUGAAAAAAUCGAUGAUUAUGGACAGACAACAUUACAAUUGCCUUCAUCAGUUCUAUAAGACAUGUUAUGGCCAAAAAUUUCAGGUGAUACAUGUUUCUGCUCUUUCUUCCUCCUCUGCUGGCAAUAUAUCCACUAGUGUUAUUGUAACAGAUCUAAUUACAAAAUUCGAUCAAAUCAAUAUUUUAGGUCAACAAUUUACUUCAAUAGAUUGCCGAAAUAAACGUGGAUCGUAUGUACAAGCAAUGAGUCCAGCUAAAGAUGGUGUGUUUCGUAUAGGAAGGAUUUUGUAUUUUUUUUUAGCAUGA